AUAGGCCAAUUUUUUUAAGAUGUCAAUAUUUCUGCCGGCCUUCUUCAUGUGCAAUUUUAUCUUGGUUCAAGCAUCUGACCCAUUCAAUUAUAACAAAAAUGAUCCAUGUAGUCGACACUGCAUGUAUGACUACCACGUUCCAGUGUGUGGCAGUGAUGGCGUGACGUACUUCAACGAAUGCGUUAUGAAAGUCUACGCUUGCUGGGAGGGCGUGCACACUACAGCACUGCAUCAUGGGAAAUGCUUUCCGAAGCAAGUAGAACGUAGUCAAUGUGAGCACCAUUGUUCGAACGUCGUAUCUCCUGUCUGUGGCACAGAUGACAAAACAUACAACAAUGAAUGUUUAUUAAAUCAAGAGAGAUGUUAUAAUGGACCACAGUUAACAAAGCAGUAUAACGGGUUUUGUUUAACAAUAAACUCAUACACAGCAGCUUGUGGGAGACAUGCAAGUUUAAAAUACCAUCCAGUGUGUGGCACUAAUGGCGUGUCAUACUUGAAUAAGGACGUCUUAUCCAAGACUGCGUGUCAUAACUUAGAUUUUGAUCUGCGUGUUAAAUCGUUUGGAGAGUGCAGAUACAAACGAAAAGCUAGAAGGCGGUGUCGAUCUGUGAUGAAGAAGGAGUUUAAGUACGAGCCUGUUUGCGGGAGUGAUUACAAGACACACGAAAACACUGCUGUCCUAAAAUAUAGAAAAUGCCUCCAACAACCAGCACAUUUAACUGUGAUGUAUAAAGGAGAAUGUCGCUUCAAAAGUAAAGGAAAGAAGCAAAAUAGACCAAAGGAAAACCCGUCAAACAAGCAACAGCCAACAAACCCACCCACAUUAACCAUAAAUACACCAACCUUGCCGACGAAAACACCGACACCGCCACCACCCCCAAUACCACCAACACCACCGCCUUCAGUAACUACAACUGCUCCAGUAAAAAAAAGUACUACACAUUACAAAACAACUGCAGCGACAAUGGCAGAUAGGCAAAAAACUACCAAACGACCGGUAACACAAAGCCCAGUUACUGUUACAAAAACCGACAUACCGCCUUUUUCAAAAACAGAACGAGUAUCUCCAAUAGUCAAUGAAAUUACAGAUAUGGUCACUGAUGGACCCAUCGCAACAGAGAAUAUUUCAUCACUGACUAACGUCAUCAUUCAAUCAAACACUCCGUAUGACGGUAUGACAUCGCCGUCAGAUAUAGACGCUACGCCAUCAGAUAAGAAAAGUACACGAGACGUGCCGAUAGUAACUGUUUUAAAUACAAUUCAAGAGUCAACAGUGAUCAAUAAAGUUACAAAUAUGAUCACUGAUCAACCUAUCGUAACUGAGGAGAGUUCAUCGCCGGCAAACGCCAUCAUUCAGUCGAACACUCUGUCUGACGGCACGACACCACCGUCCCAACCAGAACCAGAACCAGAACCAGAACCAGAACCAGGCCAGGACUCUACGCAGUCACAUACAGAAGGUACAACAAGCGACGUAGUGACUGCUUCAAAUGAAAUUCAAAAGUCAACAACGAUCAAUACAAUUACAGAUAUGGUCACUGAUCAACUAAUCAUAACAGAGAAAGUUUCAUCUCCGGUUAACGUCAUCAUUCAGUCAAAAACAUCGACCGAAGGUACACCGCCGUCUGUGGACGCUACAUCGUCAGAUACGAAAUCUACACAAAAUGACGUAGAUAUAUUCACUGAAACACCAAUAAAAACUGAGGAAACUUUAUUACAGACCGAUGUUGCCAGUGACAUCACUGAGUCAUUGGCUCCAUUAGAGGGUACUACAUCGCCAUCAGAUCUUGGCGUGGGUUUUACUUAUCUUGGCAAAUCAAAACCACCAAAAAUUGAAGACAGAAGUGUACCAAGAGGAUACUGGAAGGUCUCUACUCUUCCUUAUCCACAUCCUCCGGUCACUGAAGUGACGAACAUUACGGCAGAUCGCACUACAAUAUUGGAAACAAUUGUAAGUGGAAUCGAGACAGCGACUCGUGGCAAUGACAUCGAAAACACGCAGGUGACAGAAACUGUAGAACAUACAGAUAAGGAAGAACUAAAGUCUUUAACUAACUUAGAUAGGGAUGUAUCUUCUGUGAAAUUCUUCAUAACAGAAGAGCCACUGAAGAUGCCUAUACAUUUGACAGACAAAACAAAUGUUGAAACAACAAGUAGGCCUAUGCAAGAAAUAAACACAGUAGGGGUUGGUUUUAUAACACUCGCGACUGAUGUUACCGACAAAAUAAUUGUCGAUGCUGGUGAUACAGAAACAACCAAAGAGACACCGAUUGAAGGUUAUUUGUUUUCAAAAGCGACUACUGAGCAGACAAUAAAACAUGAAAUGAGUAUUAAUGUAACAACAUUCUCAAUUGAUACUGAUAAACCAACAGAUGAUGUUCAAAAUAGUACCCGUAUACAAACAGAAACAAUGACAAGGGUAGUGACAGAGGUGAAGACAGAAAUUCAGACAGAAGGAGUUACCGAUUCAAACACUGGUGAAUCCAGUUAAAUUCAGAUCAAAAUGGGUGGGUUAAGGAGUUUAAAUGUAGCAUACUAGGGGACGGGGUCACUGGGUGGAGUCACCGUUUUGGAGGCUAUUUUGAGUAAUACUAACAUGUUGUUUAAGAAAAAGCUGGACACGGUAUUUCGUUCCCAUGGCCCCUCUACAAAAUGGAUUUUUUAAAAUAGCGAUUGUCAAAAGUCCUGGGAUUAGGCCCAUACAUGCCUGAAAUGCAAAUCCAUAUUGAAGAAAAAAAAACCACCAAUAACCACAAAUUAAAACUACAAAUAGGCCAACAAAAUAUUGAUAUGCUGCAUAACAGUGCCUACAUUAUUGUAUUGUAUUGCAUAAAAUGUAUUAGAUGCUCAUGCGCCAGGUAAGGUGUUUGUUAAAUACCAGGCACAAGAGUAAAUGGAAGAAAGUAGGAGAGUCCUUAGGCGAGGCCAAUGCGUUACUCUCCGCUGCGAAUGACUCUUGUGAUUCCCCAAACGUGGGGAACUCGGGUGAAUAAUUAAAUUGUAGUGGGCGACUGCCUUUGUGCUACAUUUAAUGUAUUAGAUAGGUUUUAAUAUUUUAAUAGUGAGUAUGGCAGUUAGUAGACUUCACGUGUCUAUAAGCAAGUGCCACUGAUUUAAACAUGUGGAAUUAUUAUAUAGUAAUUUUACCAAUUAAAUGUUUAUUAAAUUGUUUAGUUUAGGAAUACCUGUGCAUAUAAUGUAACGAAUUGUAGUAGUCUCGUAUUUACUUUGGAAACAAACAUCGUCUCAAAGAGUCGUCUUUAAAAUAAAUUUUUUUUAAAGUUCGAACAGGCUUAAUAGGAAUUGUUGUGUUGAUUGCAUGUACUUAUUGAUCGAUCAUUCAAUACAAAGCUAUUGCAUGAA